AAAAUCUCAGCCUUCCCAUCUCCUUAUCUCAGAUCAGCUGCAAGACCUCGAGAAGGAUCGGCCGGCUUUCCCUAGACGGUGAUCCCUCUUCUGUCUCUGGAGAGAGACCCACCCUUGCUGUGAGAGAAAUAUGCGCUUCAUUUUCUCAGCGACAAUGGUGUUGGCGGCUGCGUGCCUCGUGCUGCUGCUGGAGCAUGCUGUUGGCACGGUAAACACCUCCUAUGUCUCCUUAUUUACACAUCAUCCAUCAACGCAAGUGGAGAUUAUCAAUACGCACAAUGAUUUUAGGAGGAUGGUCAAACCCAGUGCUAAAAACAUGCUAAAAAUGACCUGGAAUUCUGAAGUUGCAAGGAAUGCUGAGAUUUGGGCAAAGAAGUGCCGCUUUAGUCACAGUCCUGUAAAUCAACGAAAAACUGCCUUAUCUGGCUGUGGAGAGAAUUACUUUUGGUCCACUGAUCCUAAACCAUGGCCCUAUGUCAUCAAAUCUUUCUAUGACGAAGUGAAAGACUUCCAGUUUGGAGUAGGAAAUACUCGCAAGGAUGCUCAAAUUGGCCAUUAUACCCAGCUUGUCUGGGCCUCUUCCCACCAGCUUGGCUGCGCCAUGGCCCCCUGUCCUCCUCACCAGACGAGGAGGUAUUUCUAUGUCUGCCAUUACUGCCCCAUGGGAAAUAUAGACAAAAAAAUGAAUACGCCGUAUCAAUUAGGACGGCCGUGUGCGGACUGCCCUGGUCACUGUGACAACGGACUGUGCACCAACCCUUGCAAGUAUGUGGAUCGUUACAGCAAUUGUGCUGAGCUGGUCAAAAAAAUGGGGUGUGCUGCAAAAAUCACAAGAAAAGACUGCAAAGCUACCUGCGAGUGCCCUUCCGAAAUAAAAUAACGCAUCUUCACAGGCUGUUAUUUAGUGCCAAGAAUAAAGC